AUGAAAAUAUCUCUUCCAUUGGUGCUCUCACUGAUUUUUCUUCUACUAAUGGUUUCACACAUUCCAUCAAACGAAGCAGUCAGGCUUUUACCAAAAGAGCGUCUUGGCAAUUUACAGUUUCUACAAAGAGGUGAAGUCACUCCUUCGGAUCCUUCUAGCUGCACACACAUCCCCGGUGGUCGUGGUCCACCAUGCCCUUCCUAA